UCUCAGCGAUGUUCUUAUUACGAUUAUCCGGGGAUAGCCACGAUUACAUUAGUUGACGUCAACGUUAAUGUUACUUGUUAUGCGCAAUAUUAUCAAUUUCGCGAUAAUACUUAUUUUGAGAAAGAAGUAAAAAACAAAACAAAAAAAAAGAAAUAAUAAUAACAACAAUCAAAAUUUUCUCUACCUUUAUCUUCGUUUUAAAUAUUAUUAUCAGAUUAUAUUAGUGUCUUACGUGUACAUCGAGAAGUUUCUAAUUUGGUCAAGAUAGUGCUAGUACGAUUCUAAUUGCAAAAGGAAUUUUAUAUUACUGAGAAGAAACAUGUACUGGUCUCUCAGUUUUAUUUUGUGUGGUCUGUUGGUGCAAACAAUAGUUGCACCUCCAGUUACCAAAGAUAAAGCUAAUGAAGAACAUAAAGAGAAAGAUCAUGAGCCAGCAGUAAUGGAAUAUCAUAGAUAUUUGAAAGAAGUCGUGGACGCCUUAGAAAGUGAUCCAGAGUUUCGUUCAAAAUUAGAAAAAGCUCAAGAGGAGGAUAUACGUACAGGGAAAAUAGCUCAUGAAUUAGAAUUUGUGAAUUAUAAAAUAAGAACUAGAUUGGAUGAAUUGAAGCGAGAAGAAUUGGAACGUUUGAGACAUCUUGCAAUAAAGGAGAAUCAAUUGAACAAUGGUUUGGAUCUUAAACAUUUAAAGAUAGCUGAACAUUUGGAUCAUUCGAAUACGCGCUCUUUUGAAAUCAACGAUUUAAAGAAAUUAAUAGCCAAGACGACAGAAGAUUUGGCAGAAGCCGACAGACGUAGACGUCAACAAUUUAAGGAAUACGAAAUGGAAAAGAAAUUCGAACAGGAACAGAAAAUAAAGGCUAUGGAUGAGAAAGAAAAAGAACAAUACAUUCAACAUUUGCAAGAAGUGAAGAAGAAGCAUAAAAAUGUUCAGUUACAUCAUCCUGGUAGUAAGCAACAGUUAGAAGACGUAUGGGCAAUGCAAGAUGACAUGGGCGGUGAAGAUUUUGAUCUUAAGAAAUUUUUUUAUAUUCACGAUAUCGAUGAUAAUGGGGUUUGGGAUCAGAACGAAGUGAAGGCUUUAUUUUUAAAAGAUUUAAAUGAAAUGUAUGGAAAAGGUAUACCCGAAGAAGAUCUUCUCGAGAAAGAAGAAGAAAUGGAAAGAAUGAGAGAGCAUGUAUUUAAUGAAGCUGAUCUUAACAAAGAUGGUCUCAUAAGCUAUCAAGAAUUUUUGGAACAAACUAAGAAACCAGAUUUCCAAGAUGAUCCAGGCUGGAAACCAUUGGAUGAACAACAAAUUUAUUCUCAGGAAGAAUACGAAGCUUUUGAAAAACGUAGGAGAGAAGAAUUAAUUGCAAAGGGAAUUCUACAACCGCAACAGGAUAAUAUACCACCGCAGAAUCAACAGUUCUCACCGCAUGGAAAUAUACCUGUUCAACAACAGGUUGUGAACAAUCAAGCUAAUACACAACAACAAUAUCAGUAUCAAGGACAACCGGUUCAACAGCAAUAUAAUCCGCAACAAAUUCCAAUACAACAACAACAACAACAACAUUACCAAGGCCAAGUACCAAUGCAGCAACAAGGACACUAUCAACAUCAGCAACACCAGCAAUAUCAGGGACAGAUUGUACCUCAAAAUGGACAGUUCCAUGAACAGAUACAGUCCAAUCAGAUUCCUGUACAUCCGCAAAUACAACAGGCACAACAAAUACAACAACAGCAACUCCAGCAACAACAACUCCACCAACAGCAACUGCAGCAACAGCAACUGCAACAACGGCAACAACAGCAGCAGCAACAACAACAGAAUACAAUCAAUCAAAUUCCACAACAACCAAAUAUUCAAAAUACGAUAUCGCAGCAGCAACAACCUAUCCAAAAUCAAAUACCAUCGAUACCAGGACAAAGUAAGGAGAAUCCUGUAGUACAACAACAAAGUCUACCAUUGGCAACUAACUCCGCACAACAAGCUCAACAAAAUAGCAUACACAAUGCUGGAAAAGUCUAAUUUACAUAUAUGCAUAUAUAUAUGCAGAUGUCUCGACUAUAUACUUGAAUUACUUCAGUAUUAAUCGGAUAUUUUCAAGAUUGUCCUAAUACAGAUCGAAAAAAAAAAAGAAUACACAUUACAAUUUGACGAAUAUGACAGACAAACUUUAACUAUAUAGAGCAUAUAUUGAUUUUUUACUAAUAAUAGCGAAGAGAAAUUUAUAUAAUUUUACAAGGAUAAACGUAAAUAAUGGUUUCUCUCAUCUCAACAGCUGGGGUUGUUAUCGAUAUAAACAGAAAAAAAAAAAAAAAAGAAUAAAGAAUAAGAACGAAAAAAAAAAAA